CUCAGUCAACGCGCCUUCCCGUCCAGUCUCUUCCUCUCGGUGCCCACUCGCUUUCACGCCCACUCACCUCUCAGGCUCACUCUCAGGUUCACUCUCACUCUCACUCUCACCCGCCCAAACCCAAAAACCCCAAGCGACCCGCUGCCGCCGCCGCCGCCGCCGCCGCCCGGACUCACUCCGUCAUCUCAUACUUUCUGCGACACGUGAACCACCACGUCGACUUUGAGUGCGUGUCACAACUGGACACGCCGUUUUUACUUCCAUAAUUUGACUUUUCCCAUCGUUGCUGGAGUGCGGGCGGACCGCUGCGUUGACGACCGUGAACAACCAACUGGGACGGGUACAGCUACACUUGCUUCGCAUUGCGCCUACCUACCACCAAGUACCUCCCUUGCCGACAACCCCAACUUGAGAUGCACUCUUGAUCUCUUUCGGAUCAUCGCACACAGACAUUCACCACACAGACAUCUAUUUGCUUUCCCAGACCUUCAACGACAACCAAGCGGACAACAGCAGCGCCCUCAUCCGGCGGGUUUCCUUUCGUAUAAGGCGAUGCGUCAAUCGCCACUGUGAUUGUGAGAGAAGAAUAAGAAAAGAAGAGAAAAACGACAGCCGCCGACACCUUGGUUGCUGAACGACACUCGAGCCGAUGCUGGACGCCUUAGUCUACCUGCGACAGGCGCAUUCCUCGUGACGCGCAUGGUGCGCAGCCACCACGACUGACGAACCUCACUUGCGCCCGUUCUCACCCGGGCUUUACUCAACCUAGCAAACAAUCGUUUGUUUGUUUUCCGCAUCGCAUCGAAACAUCGACCUCGAGCGCCAGGCACGCUCCCGAGGACUCUCAUUUAUAAUUUACUAAUGAGACAUGGCCGACGUCAAGGAUGAGGGAGACCGAGAGGGCCGAAGUGAGAAGAAGAGCUUCUGGGGCAGUAUUUUCCGGAACCGGAGCCUCGCGAAGAAAGGGAGACUGGAUACCCCGGAAUCGCGCAGAGCCAGUGAUGGAGAUGUCCUCCCUCGCAGGCGCCGCUCACUCACCGAUAUGCCCAAGGCCUCGAGAACAGUCGAGUCGCCAAAUGGUCACCCUGAUCACCCGGGCUACCAUCGCUCCCGCCGGCGGCCUAGGAGGCCAGAUCCCGCCCGAGCCAAAGGAAAAGGCCGCGCGCAUCCCAAUGGUGUCAUCUUCGAACACGGGCCGCUGACCGAAUGGCCGCCGUCCGGAAUGUCAAGCCAAGAGGAGCUUACCCUCGGCCUUGCCAUGGAACUCGUCUCGCGGGGUGUCCCGGCUCACAAGGGCCACAAGCGCCCCGUCCCGCACGCCUCCGAUCACUACUAUGCGCUGUACACCACCUCCGCGGGAAACCAAUCCGAGGACUCGGACGUCGUCAACCUGCACGACUCCAUGACCCAGCUCAUGACCCUUCGUAUCCAGGGUAGCGGUGUGGCCGUCUACCCAUGGGAGACGCUCGAACAGCCCAGCUUUGCCUUCUUCUACGGACAGCAGCCGGGCACUAUCACGUUGAAUCAGUGGGCUUCGCUAUCCAGCAUCAUGCCCCCUACGAUCGCCCUAAGGGAUUCUGGCGUAACGGCUCGAGAGGUCGAUCUGGCCCGUAUUUUCGAGCGCCUCAAAGAGUUGGAGUCCGGCCUGGAGGAUGACGACGAGGAAUGGAUGUACAAAAGCUUAUAUCGCCGCUUUCUCCGCGACCCCGACAAGUUGAUGAACCCGCACAAAGGACUCGAUAGGCAGAUUACCGAUCUGAUCAUGGUGUUGUCCCGACCGGACUGGAUCGACUUUACAAACCCCAAGAACCAAGUCGUCACUCGCUUCAUCUUCGACCCGGGACAUGCUAGCCAACAGCAGUACAUCAAGUUCUGCCACCAACUGGUGCUCAGCAUGGAGUUGGACCUCCGCAUCAACUCGCGACUGCAUGGCGAAUGGGCCAAGGAGAAAUUACUGCCUCAGCUGCCGCCCACUAUCCAGUGGGAUCUUGCACUAGCGAGGCGUUGGCGGGAGCAUGUUAGAGUCGAGGGCUACGGGAAGACGGUGGAGCAAAUCAACUUGCGUUUCAGACUCAAGAAGCGGCAGAUCAAGAUGCUGCGGCGCUUUGCCCAGAUGAUGAAAUGGCCGAACCUGGGUCAAACUCUUGACAAGAUGAAACAGAGGGAUAUGGAGGCGACUCUCGACAUAAUCAGCUCUGACGCCUUGGCAUUCUUCAGCGGCCUUGUACUCCCAGGUUCCACGUUCCCAUUCCUCAUCAUGAAUACCCUUAUCGACAUUGACCCUGACAAGGCUACGGACUCGCUUGCCAUGAUGACGCACCUCCAUCCUCAUUGUGGGUUUCAGUAUAGGAACAGUUACACCUACUGGACCGCCGCCUCCAUUGUUGGAAAGGUCCUCGCACCAACCUGUCGAUCUUUGGCAGGAUGGGUCGGGCCAGCCCGUCCGACAGCCGACCUCGGUCGAUCCCAGAUCGCGCGCAUCCGGUCCCGCCGUCCUCGCCAGCGCAUGACGCCCGAAGAUGUCCAGUCGAUGAGCGAGCGGUCUGACCCCCUUGGACCCCCGGCAGAGGUUUUCCCCGUCAAGGAGUACAAGCUUGUGGCCCCCGACGCAGACGACAUUGUUGAUACUGUACGCAUCGAGCUGCUCAGCUUCAAGACCGUCCCCGACCGAUUCCAGGAGCCGCCCCCAAUGCCAAAAGUGUAUGAUGCCACGGUCCAGUUCGCCGUCGACGGUGUUUCCUGGCCCAUGCGCCUGACGUACGAUGUUUCGUUCAUCUCAGCAUGGCCGUGUUCAGGAGGACCGCACCCUCUCUUCUUCGAUUAUGUCUUCCAGACUAUCAAGGCAGACGAGAUCAUGAAUGUCAAAGACUGGGGCGGGCUCUAUGGGCAGUUUCCGAGCGCGCGGAGCUCGAGGACGAGCUCCAAUGCAGGGCCGCACACCGCAAACAGUCAGGAGCAGAUCGACGAGGAGCAGGUGUUGGUGGUGGAGGCGUUUGGAGUCAGAGACAAUGAGGUCCUGACUCGCGCUUGGUGUUCACACUGGGGUCUGAGUGCCGUGGUCGCAGACAUUCGAAAUACAUGCAUGGCAUGCGCUAUCCGCGAGGCGUACGCGGCAACACUGACAGUUGUGAUUCUGGUGGAUGAUCAAGGAUACAACACAGACGACUAGCCGACGACUCAUGACAUUGCAUGAAUAUCUCUUUUCUUUUCCCCUCUCUCCACCUCUCUCGGUUCUCUUUAUGAUGAUGAAUCGUCGGGAUCAAGGAACAGGAGGUUCCAGGAGAAGGACAUGGUCAUUUCAGCUCGUUUUUCUCUUUGCUUUGUUGAGAUGUAAAAGAUACCACAGCGCGUAUUGUUUGUCCCAGGUACACUUCCUGGGCCAUGGGAAUGGCAGAGAAAUGCAUCAAGAGGGAUGGUGUCUUUGCAGAAAGGCCGAUUCGAAGGCUCAGGGGAGAGAAUUGCGAAAGGAGCAUGGAAUACCCAGGACAGGAACAGAGUGCAUCUCUAGGGCGUUGCGUUGCGGAUUUACGGAGGGGA